GCUGAGCGCUAACACUCUGUAGCCAAUCACAGAAAAAGGACAGGCGAACGUCAUCUACCGUUGCGGACGUUGUGGUGAACUUUACCGGUGACAAACGCCACACGGACCUGCACCGCUAACAAUGGGCAGUGUGUUAGCUGCCAGCUCCCCAACCCCAGCCGUCAACCCGGCUGGAGGUGGUGCACAAGGUGCGGGCCUGGGGUCCUUUCCUCCCGGUUUCGGUAUGCCUUCGUUAUCGCCAGUCUCUCCACCGUCAGGCCAGGCGGCAGAAGAUGCAGAUAACCCCCUCCAAAAUCCAGGCACAUACGAGGAAUGCCACCGAAAAUGUAAAGAGGUGUAUCCUAUGCAGAUGGAAGGUGUGCGGAUAGUUGUCAACAAAGGUCUAAGCAAUCACUUCCAGGUCAACCAUACAGUUAACCUCAGCACCAUUGCAGAGUCUGGAUACCGGUUUGGUGCCACUUAUGUCGGCACCAAGCAGACUGGACCUGCUGAGUCAUUCCCAGUGAUUGUUGGUGACAUGGACAACACUGGCAGCCUCAACUCCCAGAUCAUCCACCAACUAACCUCAGCACUACGUACCAAAAUAGCAAUUCAGACUCAGCAGCAGAAGUUUGUAAACUGGCAGUGUGACCUGGAAUAUCGUGGCGUGGACUUCACCUCAGCAGUAACACUGGGAAAUCCAGACAUCCUCGUGGGCUCUGGCAUUCUGGUGGCUCAUUACCUCCAGUCCAUCACACCAGCGCUGGCCCUGGGAGGAGAGCUGGUGUACCACCAGAGACCAGGGGAGGAGGGUGCGGUCACGUCCCUCAUUGGCAGGUACACAGGUGAAAAUUACGUUGCUACAUUGACUCUUGGGGGAGCUGGGGCCCAUGCUACGUACUACCACAAAGCUAAUGAGCAGUUGCAGCUAGGAGUGGAGUUUGAAGCAAACACGAAGAUGCAGGAAACCACAACAUCUGUCGGCUAUCAGGUGGAUCUUCAGAAAGCCAACCUGCUCUUUAAAGGCACAGUGGACAGCAACUGGUUGGUGGGCGCCACCUUGGAGAAAAAGCUCCUGCCUCUUCCACUCACACUAGCCCUUGGGGCUUUCCUCAACCAACGCAAGCAUAAGUUCCAAUGUGGCUUCAGCGUCACCAUUGGCUAGAGGGCUCCUCCGCUGCCCCCGAUCCAGCUUGCGGGCCUCCGAUUGGACGGAGGCCCUCAAAGACACCGGAUACACCGGAGAUUCUCUCGUAGCUUUCUGAGACAGAAAGGGGAAGAGAAAACAAACCCUUCCAAAGAGCCAGGACUGACCAAAGCCAUGCCCUCACACCGUAGCUCCAGUGUCUAUUUUCUGUACGGUGCGUUGGAUUUCAUGACAGCAUUGGCAGAGUGAAAGCCUCCGGUUAUGUGUGUGUGUGUGAAUGUUGGAUGAAAACAAAAUCAGGAGAGCAGUUUGCCGUAGUAAUGAAGUAUGGUCAAUCACAAAUAAAUGUAAUUUUUCUACCAA